CCUCAGCCCAGCGUCGCCUUGCCUGUCGAGAUAGCGAGGAGAGAACAGAAUUGUGGAGGCUGUCAAGUUCAAGAGAGCGAUAAAUUGUUAAAUAAACCAAAAACCUCUCCCGGCGGUGCAGUUCUGCUUGCAACUGACAGGAGAAAAUAUGUUUCCAUAUUUUUCUUUUGCAGGAGAAACAUAGAUAGACGCAGACACUGAAAAGGGGCGAUAAAGAGGGUGCGGGGUGCGCGAAGGAAUAGCCAGAGGCAGAAAGGGAGAGGAGGGGUUUUUGAGUGCGCAAUUAUUUCUUCAGAACGCAAUUUUUCUCAGCUUUUUCUGCUCACGGGGACUUUUUAUUAUAACUCAAAACAAAAAACUCCCAAUAUUCAGGUCUCCCUGGGGCUGCCGGAUAGGAUAGAAACGUUUCUCUGCCGCUGGGGCUGCGGCUCAACUGCCCGUAUCGGUCCACUCUUUACUUCUGUGCGGGUGCAGUCAUGUGGAAGUGGGCUGUGAUUGGCUGGACCGUGCUGCAGCUGUGUGUGGCAGCCCCUCCCCAGCACAUCAACCGCUUGGCGCUGUUCCCCGACAAGAGUGCCUGGUGUGAAGCCAAGAACAUCACUCAGAUCAUCGGGCACCCGGGCUGCCAGCCGCUCUCCAUGCAGAACAGGGCAUGCCUGGGGCAGUGUUUCAGCUACAGCGUCCCCAACACGUUUCCGCAGCAGACGGAGUCCCUGGUGCACUGUGACUCCUGUAUGCCAGUGCAGAUGCAGUGGGAGGUGGUCACCCUGGAGUGCCCGGGCAAUAAAGAGAUGCCCUACGUGGACAAGCUGGUGGAGCGCAUCCUCCAGUGCAGCUGCCAGUCUUGUAAUAAGGAGGCUGGCCAGGAGGGGGCACUGUUACAGCUCUUUCCCCUGGACGCCACACUGGAGCCUCCCGCCAGGAGCAACGAUGGCCGCACCCACGGCCGCCCUGCCUCACAUACCCAACACGCUCACGCGGACUCACACCCGCACCCACACAGGCCUGCAGGGGGGUAGAGGCAGCAGGAAGGGGGCAGUUAUUCUUCUUUUUCGUCUUUGUUCUUUUUCUGUUUUUAUUGAUCCUCUUUUCUCUAAAAACAAAAACCCAUUGUAUUCUUCUCAUAGAGCCAAGCCUUGAUUUUGCAAAGCUGAAACACUUUUGAAACUGCAUUGUGCUUCAUAAGGUUAUGAAAUAGCCAGAAUUUCAAAUAUAAUCCACUUGCAAUCCAGGAUCAUUUCAACAAUUUUUGUCUGAAUCUCCUAUGCCUUUAUGAAAGAUCUGCUGGGCAUGAUCUGCAAAUAGAAUUUAUUUCCCACUAUGCUACGUCCAGCAGAACAUCUUCCUCAUUGCCCAGUAGUUUCAACUCUUUCAUCCAUUACAUUAAAUGUGCAAUAGAUUUUGUGGAAUGUUUUUUUCUCUCUUCUAAAUUCAGUGUCAGUGUUCCAGAACUCCAUUCGCUGAACAUUCUAAUCACAAAUUUGUGAUCUUACACCUUAAAGGGUUAAGGAGUAUGUGCACACCAUCAUCUGUUUGCUGAAUGUUAAUAUCUCUUGUUCCUCCUGUCUGUCCUCUAAAUAUCUGUGCAAGAUGUGCAGUUACCACUGUAAUGCUUUACUGCGAGAGCACAUGAGGAUUAUUGUGUGAUAUCGGUUUUCUUUUGAAGUUUUUGUUGUUGUUCAGUGUUGCUUUAUCUUCAACAUAAUAAAAAAUAUAUUUUCCCUUA